GGUAUUCCUCUUCCUUUUUUCCAUUACAACAUCGAAAACAUGGAAAAGUUAGCACAAAAACAUUGCAUUCAAUGAAUUGACAACAUAUUCACUACAGGCAUGGCAUGUGAAGACAAUCGAUACAACUGAGAGUGUCUGCGAGUGUCUUGUUGUGGCUCUGAGUCCUUUUACUCCACCCAUUCAUCCAUAUAUCCAUAGAUCCAUAGAUACUCUACACGAGUGAACUUCAAAAAGACAUCACAAACUGUGAAUACAGCGAUCGUACGAAACGCUGUGAAGUUAUAAUAAUAGACUGUUAUAAACAGCUGUCACUGAAUUGGUUCCACUUCUUGUAGAGUUAGUCUUUUUUAUGUUUCCAUCAACAUAAACAUCUGUUCAAUCAAUUAUAUUUAGACAUUUUAAUCCCAAGUUUAUUGUAAAUCAUAGAACUGUGGAAUUGUUGUGAAUAGUUGUGUUCAAUCGACUAAAUUAACUUGCUUAUUUGAGAUUCUGUUAAUACACUUAAUUUAAAUGAUAUUUUUUGAAUUGAAAUUAUUUUACUGAACAAAAUUUAAUCAAAAUGUGCGGGGGAUUUACGUGUACUAAAAAUGCGCUCAUAGCACUUAAUAUAUUAUACAUUUUGGUCUCAUCCAUACUGAUCGGUGUGGCUGCCUAUGGCAUGGCUGCCAGCAAAGUGACCAGUAUUGCCAUCAUUGGUGGUAUCAUAGUGUGUGGGGUAUUCCUAUUCCUACUGUCACUGGUAGGACUGGUAGGCGCCCGAAAGCACCAUCAAGUUCUCCUAUUUUUCUAUAUGGUCAUAUUGUUUAUCCUAUUUGUGGUACAAUUCAGUAUCGCCUGCGCGUGUCUGGCAUUCGGUAGUGAACAGCAGUCACGAGUGGCCGCCAAGGGCUGGAACACAGCCUCCAAACACGACCAACAGAGCGCCCAAUCCUUCUUCAAUUGUUGCGGUUAUGAGAAGACAUCCAAAGCCGUCACUCUUAAUAGCACUGAUUGUCCCAACGUCAAGUGCUGUAUGGAUCCAACCAACUGUUGGGCGAACUGCGAGGUCUGUGCGCCAAAGAUCAAGACAGCCAUCGCUAAUGCGUUGGAGAUCUCAGGCUUUGUUGGAUUGUUCUUCAGUUUUACAGAGUUUAUCGGUGUUUGGCUAACAGUGCGCUAUAGAAACCAGAAAAAUCCUCGCGCAGAUCCCAGCGCUUUCCUUUAAUAUACUAAUUGUUUGUCUUAAUACCUGAUCUAAUCAUUUGAACUAAUAGUCCGGUUCUCUUCAGUCAUAAUCUGAUUCCUGUUAUCAAAUGAUUUAAUCCCCGAAGCAAUCAAUUUUCAAAACUAACAAUUCCUUAC